GCGAAUUCACAAUAUAUAUUUCUUUCAAUUUUAAGAAAAUGUUUCAUGAAAAUUGGGAAUUUGAUAAUACUGAGCUUGCUAUGAGUCGAAUCGCGCUAGUGACCGGUGGAAGCCGUGGCAUUGGCCUGGCUGUGGCACGUCAGCUCCAUGCAGAUGGAUGGCUCGUGGCGUUGACGUCCCGCACCAGUGAACGCGCCAUGGAAUCGGCAGCGACAAUAUCGCCGGAAGUCGUUGGGGUAGCAUACGAUGCGUGCGUGUCUGGAAGUGCGGAAAGAGCUGUGAAGGACGUGGCAAGUCAGCUCGGCGGUCCGAUCACAGGACUCGUGAAUGUAGCUGGCGAAACACACAACGCGUUGCUCUUGCGACUCCACGAAGAGCAUGCCCAGAAGAUGAUGCAGACCAAUUUACUCGGCCCUUUGUUCAUGUGCAAGGCUGUGGCACGAGGGAUGGUGCAACAGAAGCGCGGUACAUCUCACUUCUUUCAGCGUCUCCUCAUCUACAUGAUGCGUCUAGGUAGCAUCGUCACCCUCGGGAGCGUAGUCGGGUCCAGGGGAAACGUUGGACAAGCUGCUUACGCUGCGUCGAAGGCGGGUCUCGUCGGCAUGACCACGUCGCUUGCAAAGGAAUUAGGUCCCAAGAACAUCCGGGUGAACCUCGUCGAGCCUGGUUUCAUUGCCACGGACAUGACCACCGCCCACAUGAGCGACGACGCGCGCCAAAAGGCAGUCGAUCAAAUCGUGUUGCGUCGGUUCGGCCAACCCGACGACGUUGCACACAUGGUGUCGUACCUGCUUGGCGAGAAGUCAUCAUACGUCACCGGCCAGGUCUUUCGAGUUGACGGAGGGCUUGUGCUGUAGUAGAGACAUACGUCAGAUAUAUGGAUGCUCCAUCUUCUAGUGCCAGGACCAGUCUCCGCCGCUAAAGGCAGCGGCGGAUUACUCACAUGAGGUUGGGCUUUUAGCCUCAUCCGGCAGAGAUGGGCGAUUGUAAAUAAAUAUUGCAACACUUGGUUGUAUU